AUGGACCUAGGAUUGAAGGGAAAACGCGCAAUUGUAACAGGUGGGAAUCGGGGUAUCGGUCGGUGUUGUGCAUUGACACUCGCCCGUGAAGGGGCGCGGGUGUGCAUCACUGCCCGCAACCAAGAACGUUUGGAUGCGGUUAUCCACGAAAUCAACGAUGCCGGUGGUGAGGGACACGCCGUUGCGGUCAACUUAACGACUCUGGAAAGCUGCCAGAAAGUUGUGAGCGAGACUGUGGAACGUUUCGGCGGUGUUGAUAUCUUGGUCAACUGUGCAGGCGCGGCGAGGGGAGGCGAUAUCUUAGACCUAUCCACGGAGCUGAUUGAUGAUGCACUCAGUUUGAAGAGUUAUAGCUAUCUGCGGAUGUCCCAGCUUGUGAUUCCGCACAUGAGCCAGAACGGAUGGGGCAGAAUCAUCAAUAUCGCCGGCGGCGCGGGAACAAGUCCUUCUAGCGGAAACAUCCCAGUCAGCCUUGCCAACAUCGCCAUUCUGAAUAUGACGCGCGCACUUUCGGAUGCGGUCUCCAAAGAUGGGAUCUUGGUGAACACGAUUUGCCCGGGACUCACUAACACCCAACGGGCACGCGAUGUGCAGCAAGCCAGCGCGGAUCAGGCGGGCAAGGAUGUGGAGGAGCUCCUCCAAGAGCUCGGUAACGAACUCCCCGCAGGACGUAUCGCUGAGCCGGAGGAAAUUGCUGAUGUGGUGGCAUUUCUGGCAUCAGAGCCGUGCUCGUAUAUAUUCGGCAGCUCUAUAUAUAUGGACGGCGGUGGGAGACGGGGGACACCGUAG